AUGGUCGAGGCUAUUACGGCGGAAGCUCUUCAAACUUUCAUGCUCAACAACUUCGAUGGAGCUGGUGACAUCAAGGAAACUUCCACUCCGCCCCUCGCAAAAGGUUCUUUCGCCUACGUCUUCAGGAGCGAAGACGUUGCGCCGGGUGCUAGUGGUUUGGUGGUACGAGUCACCGUCGCGCCCUCUGGACGGGGACAAGAGUUCCUGUUUCAGAAGGAGCUGCAGGGUCUGUCCGCGUACCUCAAGCUGGUCAACUUGCCUGAUACCAACCCGCGCACCAACGGGGUGAUCUCGUUGGUGGAGGAGAAACAGCCCCUGGGGAUCUGUCCGAUCCAGGCCUACUACAUCCGCAAGAUAGAGUCGUACAUGGCGAUCAUCACAAUCAUGCCGUAUGGGAAGCCGUUGAUGGACGACAUUGAAGAGCAGCUGGUUGCUGCAAGCGAAGGCGUCGGGGGAGCCUCGAGAGACGUAGAUUCCAUGGUUGUGGGUAUCAGCAGGCUGGCAGUCGCUCUCAAGUACAUGCAUGACAAUGCCAUUCACUGGCGAGAUUGCAAAGUGGACAACAUUAUUCUCAUUGGAGGCCUCACAAACAUCAUCGACAUCCACAGCGGUGUCUGCACGGUAGGUUAUGCAUCCCACGAACAGCUCAACAAGCUCAAGCUGCAAGCUCGCGACUUAACGGACACUCAAAAAGUGACAGAUGCGCUCGAGAAUGUCUUGAAAGAGCAGCCGGACCAUCAAACAUGGGUCACGCAAGAUGUCUUUGCUCUGUCCAUCGUUGUGAUGGAGUGGCUGACCUACGGCAUGUUCACAUAUCCCUACAAUCGGGAUGAGACAUCGCCGAGCUACGCGCAUCUGCUGUUGUACGAGCUGCAGGUGUACAAUCUUCUCCUGAAGGAGCUGAGCGACGUCUAUGACGUGACAGUCCUCAAGGGGAGAUUGGAUCGGAAGAUUCAGCACUGGAGCGGCAUAGUGCAAUCUCCCAUCGACCCAACCUCUCAAGAUGUGCGGGACCUCACGUUAUGGCCACUAGCUGUAACGGAGUUCAAACGAGAUCGACGUCUGUUUGACAUGUGGGCAGCGUUAGCGUUUUGGGAUCAUGUGGAUCAUCAGUUCGGUUUCAUCGGGCACUGGAUAGAAUGGUACUUCGACUUUGCAGGAAAUGUUUCGCCAAAAGCAUCUUCUGGUAAGGCUGCGGAGGAGGCCAAAGAGAGCAGGGAAACGUCACACAAUGCGAAUGGAAAUCCCGAGGAUGACUCCAAGAAGUCGAUGGCAGAAUGGGAGGAGCGCGCCAAGACCACAGCAGAUCCUGACCUGAUCAAGGCCAGAAUCUCCGAGAGGAAGGAGCAGGCGGAGGAGGAUCAUGCCGUGCGAGUUGUUAAACGGUUGACGUCUUUGACGAGGCGGAUGGACUCGUUGAACAGCUCGCUCUCGACGUUCUGGGCGAACUCCCCGUCGUCGCGGUCAAGUACUCGAAGUCUCCCCAGUGUCAAAGUUGUGUACGCCAACCCCAACAAAGUGGUGGAGGUUCUUGAAGAACGAAGGAAAGACGAGGCUGCUGACUUGCAGCUGGACAAGCAGACGCACCUUGUUGAAGUGAGGCUGCGCAUGCAUACAAGCAAGUCAGACUCGGAGUUGCGACAGUCGCUGUUAGCGUCUCUCGGAAAGAACACUACGAGUCAGGAGCCUUGUUGA